AACAAGCAGCCGAGGAUAAACCUCGCCCCCAUAAAACGAAGCGCGAAAGCUCUCUCCUCCUCUGCCUCACUCCGCACAUCCCCUUCCCCCGUCUCUCCAUCUCCAGCCCUGACGUAUCCGCCUCGAGGGUCUGCUCUGUCUUGCUUCCUCGCUCGCCCGCCCGCCCGCCCGCCCGCCAUGGAAGCUCUGACCUUGCUCAGGUUCCGGAGGCCCAUCGCCAGCGCCGCCAUCGCCGCCCAAGCGCCUAGCCUUCUUGCGGUGGGAAGUGGCGACGGGCUCCUCAACGCGGUCGCGGGAGAAGGGGGAGAAGAAGAGGAGGAGGAGGAGGAAGAAGAUUCGUUCUUCGAGUUGGAGCUCACUGUUCCUGAUCGCGACGUCCGCGGGUGCAGUACCAGCGACGGCAAGAAAAAUGUCAAAGAUGGCGACCUGGUCGAAGUUGACUCCAGCGUAGAAAAACAGAGGAGCUCACCGAAUUCGACGACCACGAAGAGCGGCAGGAACUAUCGUCUCUCUCACCAGUCGUCGCUCUCGCUGCGGAAGAUCCUCCCGAUCGACCCGUGCUCCCGGCCCCAGUCCCCGAUCUCGCUGCUGAAGUCGGCUCCGAAGUUCCGGGUCUUCAUGUUCCGGAAGUCGAAGUCGGUGUCGGCUUCGUCGAGCGACGGGGAGAAGGCUGGAGACGAUGGAGAGCUGAGAGGCAGAGGAGGGGGUCUGUUCACUUUGAAGUUCAAGGUGCGAGAAGGCCCCCGACCGGAUUUGAGGCGAGCGAACAGCUCGAGAAGAUCCGAGACGGGGUUUCCGAGCCGGAGCCCCGAGAGCUUCAUCGACUCGAGCUCGAAGCGGUUCUCCAAGGACGUGAUCCAGAAGUACCUGAAGCUCGUGAAGCCCCUGUACGUCAUGGUCUCCCGGAAACAAACCGACGCCGCCGCCGCCGCCACGAGGUUCUCCGGCGAGCUGUCGGCGACGUCAUCUCCGGCGAUGCCGCCGCUGGGUUCGUCCAAGAUGCAUGCGCUGCGCAAGUCUCCGGCCGGAUUCCCGGCGGCGGCUCCGAAGCGGCUGGGGAAGAGCAGGUCCGCGUCGGCGUCGGGCGGGGUCUCGUCGCCGCCGCCGGCGAGGAGGGACGAUUCGCUGGCGCAGCAGCAAGACGGGAUCCAGAGCGCGAUCCUGCAUUGCAAGAGAUCCUAUAACUCUUCCAGCGAUUGUUCUCCGUUAUCAUCGCGAUCCGCUAGCGGUCCACCGGAGACGUCCUCUGAAUCGGGAAGACGAAGUUCCGGCGACGAAGCGAGUGACAGUAAAUUGUAACGAGAUUCGGCCUUUGGAGCCAUAAUUUUUCAAAGAAAAAAAAAAGGGUCUGUUUUUUGUGCAGUCGGUCAAACUUUACAGGAGGGUAUGUGGGUGGGUGAGUUUUUGGUUAUUAUUUUUUAUUUAAUUUUUCUUGAACUGUUGCCUUGUUUUUGUGGGUGUAGAAAAAAAAACAGAAGUAAAUUCGAAUUAGGGUUGGGUGAGUUUUUGCAGAUUUUGGGAUGGCCUGAAGGGGGGGCGUCGUCUGUGAAGUGACGGGUCAUCACGAGACAUCGGGACGACACGACGUUAAUGUUUCGGUGUCGAUCUGCAAUUUUUUUUCCUUUUGGUACGACAGUUUGAGAUGUCGAGAGAGAAUCGUGUCGUGGUGGUAUCGUCAUUGAGAUGUACAUUGUCUGAUGGUCAGGUCAACUUCGAUUGAUUGGACCUCAAGUGACCUCGCAAAUGGCUCUUAUUUUUA